AUGCUGCAGGCCACCCUCAAGCUCUGCUGCGCCAUCGCCCACGACCACCUGCCCGGCUUAAAGAGAACAGCUGUUGCAGCAGUACAGAAGGACGUGAGAGGGCUGGUGGUGAGAAGAUCCCACCACCUGCCUUCCAGAAUUCCUCUUUAUAUUCAGAGGCUGAUGGGGAAGGAGACAGCCACGUGCCCCGAGCCUGCCAGAGACAUCAGCCCCAGCCAGUUCUCCAGCGUGGACCUCUCCUACAUCACCCAGGGCGAAAGGGCCCUGCAGCGGGCGCUGAGCAUCCUGCAGCACCACACCAGCUGGCAGACAGAAACCAUGCUGGACAGUGGGGCCACCGUGUCCAGUGCUGCCCUCCCCGGGCUGGGCAAGGUGUUUCGGGCAGAGGUGGUGCUGGCUGUACCAGUGGCACGGCUGCACCAGGAGCUCUUUGAGAAGAUCGAGCAGAUGCCCCAGUGGAACCCGACCCUCAGCCAGGUGAAGGUGCUGCGGCACGUCGGGAUGGACACGUUGGUGACACACGAGGUCACCACUCCCAGCCCGGGCAAUCUGGUGGGUCAGAGGGACUUUGUCAGCGUGCGGCACCGCGGGAGGAAGGACACAGCCGUCUACCUGGUGGGCACCACCACCCACGUGGAGCCGCUGCCCCUGCAGGAAGGGUGCCCGCUGGCGGGGGCCCCCGGCCGUACCCGCUUCACCUGGCUCCUCAGCAUGGACCUGAAGGGCUGGAUCCCCACGUCUGUCAUUAACCGCAUCCUGCCGCAGUGCCAAGCAGACUUCAUCAAGCACCUCUGCCAGCACCUCUCUGCCACCACGCACCCCUGA